AUGGGCAAGCACGCCGAUCACCACGCCGCCAUUGAGAAGGAGUUCGCGUCGCUGCAGCAAGUGCUGAUCCAGACUGCCGGCGACGUCUCCGCCUGCCUCCGACUGCUGAAGAAGAACCUCUCCGAGUACGACAGCCGCCAUGGCAACCACUUCACCAACACGGCCAAGUCGUUCAUGCGGAGCGACAUCCGCAACGCCAAGGACGUCUCGGGCGACCUGAAGCACGUGGCCCACCAGAUCAACAAGAGCCACAAACCGUCCAAGGCCGAGGUGAACUCUGCUCGCAACAUGAUGAACGCCACGUCGAGGGCCAUGGACGUCCUCAAGACCACGGCCCGCAACUACGACGAGAAGAACGGGCGCGCGACGGGCGUCAAGGGCGCGAUCAAGAACGCCAUGGGCAAGAACGACAACAACUCGGUCGACAACCUGGGCGGGGGCAUCCUCGGCAGCCCCGACACGGUCGAAGCGCUGGUCAAGACGACCAUCAAGGAAAACUUCAACAUGAACGUGCUGAGCUACCAGAUCACGGCAGCGGAGAAGUCGCUGUCAUCUCCGUCCAUUGUCGACCGAGCCAAGGAAAAAGUGCACGAGGUGAAGGACAAGCUGAAGGGGGGCAAGGCGAGUCCGACUCACGGAGACCACCAAGUCAAGCACACCAUGACUCCAUGA